AACAUAAACACACGCAGAAGUAAACAUUUGCGGAGUUGAACCGAGACCUAGACCUGGACCUGGGUCUAGAAGAUUUAAAUUAACAAGCGAAUUUAAAUAAAUAAUAAAAAAUGUCUUUAGCUGAUGAAUUGUUGGCUGAUCUGGAGGAAGAUGAAGACAAGUACAAUCCAGAUCAAGAGAUGAAAUAUGUUCCUGAUGUUUUACAGCAGAUCGUGCCUAUGGAACAAGAAGAUACGAAAGCAAGUUCAGUCCGAGAGCUGGCAAAAUUACUGGACUCCCCACUUCUGCAUAAAAUAAUAGCGCAGAUUGAAAAGUACAGUAAGCUGCCGCGUAAAUCAUCAGAUAUCAUCGGACCUGUGGAAUCAGAUGCCGAGUACCAGUUGAUAGUCGAAGCCAACAACAUGGCAGUGGCCAUAGAUGACGAGAUAGUGACGAUACAUCGAUUCGUUCGGGAUAAAUACUCUAAAAGAUUUCCUGAGCUCGAAUCACUGGUUGUCGGUUCACUGGAGUACGUAAAGACCGUCAGGGAACUAGGCAAUGACCUGGAUCGCACUAAAAAUAACGAAAAUUUACAGCAAUUUCUUACCCAAGCCACGAUAAUGGUCGUCUCAGUGACGGCCUCAACUACUCAAGGACAAUUGCUGACUGAUGAUGAGAAAGACGCGAUUUGCGAGGCUUGCGACAUGGCCCUGGCACUAAAUAACUGCAAGUUAAAAAUCUACGAGUACGUGGAGAGCAGGAUGGCGUUCAUUGCGCCGAAUUUGUCGAUAAUUGUCGGAGCGUCGACUGCUGCUAAGAUAAUGGGAGUCGCCGGAGGUCUUACCAAGUUGUCGAAAAUGCCCUCGUGUAAUUUACUGGUACUGGGUUCCAAGAAGACAACGCUCUCGGGGUUCUCGCAGAAUGCCGUUCUGCCGCACACUGGGUUCAUUUAUUACUCGGAGAUCGUUCAAGUUGCGCCGCUGGAGCUAAGGAGAAAAGCCGCGAGACUUGUUGCCUCCAAGAGCAUGCUCGCUGCGAGAGUUGAUGCUGCUCAUGAAAGCACUGACGGGCAUAUUGGCCAGGCUUUUCGUAAUGAAAUAGAAAAGAAACUGGACAAGUUGCAAGAACCGCCGCCGGUUAAGUUCAUCAAGCCGCUUCCGAAGCCAAUUGAUCCUGGCAGGAAGAAGAGAGGGGGUAAACGGGUCAGGAAGAUGAAAGAACGUUAUGCUAUCACUGAGUUCCGUAAACAUGCCAACCGCAUGAACUUUGCUGAUAUUGAAAGUGACGCGUAUCAAGAAGAUCUAGGCUACAGCCGUGGAACGAUCGGGAAAACUGGAACCGGUAGAAUAAGAUUGCCGCAAAUCGACGAGAAAACAAAAGUCCGUAUCUCAAAGACUCUGCAGAAAAAUCUACAGGAGCAGCAGUGGGGCGGCAGCACGACCGUAAAGAAACAAGUGUCCGGUACCGCGUCGAGCGUCGCGUUCACUCCGCUCCAGGGUCUGGAGAUCGUGAACCCCCAGGCCGCCGAAAAGAAAGUUAAUGAGGCUAACGCUAAAUACUUUUCAAAUACCGCGGGUUUUUUGAAUGUCAAAAAAACCGAAUAAUUAUUAAGCAAAGCAUACAGUUCGAUUGAGUAAAU